AUGAACUCCAAAGAACUGGCGAAUGUCGUUGGCCAGAUGGGCUUGAUCUAUGUCAGAGACUGGGCCUUCUGUCCGCACGGCUAUGAAUUCUGCCACCGCUGCCCAACGGACCAGCGUGCUAUGAAUGAUGGAUCAAUACAUCAGGGUAACUUCAGUCGAGAUUACCGCAAAGGCCUUUCUGUUGUCGGGCGUCUCGUUGACACCGGUAGAAGAGAGGGCGGUAACGUCAUCUUCAAUUGUAAAGAGCACGGCUCGCGAGACUGUGAGCAGUGCUUCAACUGGAAGAAGCUUAUGAAGGCCGCCGAUUCGAAGGAGGAGAAGGGAAAGAUCAACGAUCGUGAUCAACUUCUCCGUCUCCUCGAAAGUUUGAACGUUGCACUGCCCAGGACGACGAAACUGUCCACUACUGCCUUGGAGAAGAAGCUGACCUCAGCUCUUGACCUGGUACAGAACAUAUCCUUGUUCUCUGACAAGUUCCCGGUCGAUCCGUCCAGUCUCCCAUCGUGGAAGCCCGAACAUACCGGCAGCGCUUACGCUGAGAUGGGCAGCAUGAGCAUCAAGGAAGGAAUCUUGAACAAGUCAGGUGAACUCGCGCCAACCGCUUUUGGCAACUUGCGUCGUACGGUCAUGAGCAUCACCAAACUCUUCGAAGACGGAAACGACUGUGUGACCUUACAGGAUAAGGAUCAACAGGAGGUUAUCUGUUUGCGGAUCCAAGGUGUUCACUCGAUCGCAAAGGAUACGCCACUUGUUACCGUCGUAUUUGGAACCUCUACCACAUUUGAACCCUUCACGAAGAUAGAGAACUUCAUCGCCGGGAAUCUGACCCGAGGCGUUGCGCUCGCGCAGAUCGUGUGUUCGGUCGAAGAGCAGGCGAUCCUGCGCCGCCUCCUCUAUCGCAACCACUCCAAGUUGUCGGCCGACUACGCUCCCGAGCUGAGACCGGAGGAGAAGGACUUCAAGCCCAGCUUCCUGCUCCCCCUCACGACCUUGAGUCAGGCUCAAAUCGGCAAGCUCACACAUGACCUCGGCUGCACUGUCUGUGGCAACCCGACGACGACGAAGUGCUCUGGAUGCCUCUCCGAGAGAUACUGCGGAGCAGCGUGUCAAAAGGCUCAUUGGAAGGAACAUAAGGCAUUCUGCCGUUUUGUGCGCGACGGCACCUGGACAACAUACACGUUCUCCGACUCGAUCUCCUUCGGUGGCCAGAAGCUCUUCACGACGUCUCUAAACUUCCAGAGCUCCGUCAAAUCACAGACGGAUAAGGGUAGCGCGAAAGGCGCCGUACCUGCAAACAUACACGAAGACAAGGCAUUCUUGGUGAAGCUACAACGUCCGAUGAGCGAGCAAGUCCACUUCCGAUUCCCCAUCAUGGUCUACGAUCGCAAUCGGUCGUUCCAAGGCCAUAUCGCGCCGGAGGAUAACACGAACACCUGGAAUACCAUCGUAGCGCAGAUGCCUCCAUCCAAGCUGAAGAUCUACCGGGCAAUAUCCAACAUUCCCCUUGGUCUUCCGCCGCUAGAGUUCAUGUUGUAA